UUUGAGCCACUGCAUCCCCUAGCGGCGCCCUGGUGGCUGCAGCCGCUGGACCGAAAACGCUGCCCGGGCGAGGAGGGGUCAGGCGGGAAAAGAAGACUCCAAAUCCACUCUCUCUUCGCCCCGGGGCGAUGCUGCGAGCAGAGGGAGUGGGUGCUCCCGCAGGCUAUCCCAGGGACGGGGCAGAGAGCUUAACUGGGGGUUUUAUUUGAAUUGGAGACAUAGUUCCCUCUUCGCUCCUCUACCCCAUAAAAUUCUCUACAAAUGCAAAAAUUCGAGAUAGAAGAAGACGUCCCUGAAAGUAAGUUCUGAAGGAUUCCUUUCACGCGGUGAAGGAAAAACAUCAAUAUGCAGCUUCAACUUGGUGUGUGGGGGUUGUCGUGUUUUAAGACACGAUCCCUGUAGAAAUAUUAGUAAAACGUAUUGGAAGCAGUAAGUGGAAACGUGGGUCUUCCUGGUCUUGCGUUUGGAUCUUCUUUGGAGUCACCUUCUUAAAUCUGAUGUUUGUUUGAAAUCAGAGCUGAAUUUCCAUGUACAGGACAAAAAGAAAGAACCCCAAUUGUUUUCAAAGAAAGCUCUCCCCCCACGUUUCUCCUGAGCCCACUUGGCCUCCCGUUAUUAGGAGGCCCAGUUAAGAGGCAUCGAUUUUCCUUUCGCUCUCUCACCGCUCGUCUCUCCUGGGCCAGCCAAGCUGCCCGCAUCUUCUGCUCACAGCGCUCUCUAAACCUUUUAAUUAUUUAGUUGCUGUCUAAUAUUCUCCGGAAACCUCUCCAUAAACAAGGAGAAAUGAACGCACACACGUUUUUGCUAAGAAGUCCGGGAUUCAGAUUAAGCACCGAAGCCGAAAGAAAAAAUGAAAAAUGCUUCCCCGCGCGUCAGUCGGGCGAUGGAUGCGCCACGCAGCGUGAGCCCGGCUCACAGCCACGCUUAAGACUAAGCGCCACCCUGGGUCCCGCGCGCCUAAACCUCGGAGCCCGACAAAGAGCCGAAGAGAGCAGUCCCCGCGACAGAAACGCUGCGGACGCCAGGUCUUGAAAAUGCUAACUUCUGAGGCUAAGAAUGAUUUUAAAGACAAAAAGAAAAGGCUGGAGCAGCCGGCGGAGCUGGGCAGGAAAGCGAGGAGGCAACUCGGGAGGAUGCCGCCGCCGCCGCCGCUGCAGGGCCCGGGGUUCCUGUAAGGGCACAAGGCCUCCCUCACCAGGGUAAGGGGCUGGUGAUCAACCUGGACGCCUGGGACCCUGGGAGCAAGCAUCCCAGAGCCAAGCAGGCAAUGGCGCGUCCACCGCCUGGAGAGGAGCCUGGGCCCGGGGCGGCGGCAGCCGGUUUGGCCUAUCUGAACCCCCAGGCCUGGGAGCGGCUGCUUUAGGCGUCAAGUUGAGUGGGGUAUGUGUGUCCUCUGGGGGAAAAGGUGAGAAAUGGAGUCAGACUUUCUCCCCUCGGCAGGGGCUAAGCUGGGACCCUCACACACCCCCAAACACAUGCCCAAGACCAAGUCCCUCCCACCCGUCCUCCCUGGGCAAAGAGACCCUGUCCCGGUGGAAGUGGAGAAACGCACUCCGGUACAAAAAGCAGAGGCCGUCGCGCAGAGAGAAGGCGCAGCUUUCCCAGGCCCAGCCCUAGGGUUAGAGACCCAGGGCGCGGAGAUGCUCGCGGCCGGCGCCACCCACCCGAGCCAGGCGAUCGGCGCGUCCAGGCGAGCUCCGCGGGGCCGAGGUGCCGGGAGAAGCGGCCCCGGGUGCCCGCGCGCUGCCCGCCCAGGGCAAGCAGCAAAGCCGAGCCCCUGGGUUGAAGUCCUGAAGUUACUAAUCCCGCGCAUGGGGAGAGAGCGUGCCUCGGGCCGCCGGGGGCGGUCAUUUGAGCCUGUUUACUUAAAGACUUUGCAAGAAGAGAGCGCGCGAAAUAGUCGGAUUUCCAGCGAGGCAGCAAAUAUUUGCAGGCGGGGAGAGAGAAGCGGAGCAAGCCGAGCCGCCGAGUCCCUCCCGCCGGAGCCCCGGCGCCGGCCUGGGCGGACCCGGCCGCGCAGUUAAAGACAGAAGAGGAGCCGGGAAUCUGUGGGGCUGGGGGGUGGAGAGCGACACCAAAGGCCAGAAACUGGAGCCGGGCCCCAGGACCCGGCGAGCGGGGACUGGGGGAGGAGAAGUCCCUUCCCAUUCCAGCUCGAUCAAUCUUGCUGGGCUGCGAUCGGUCAAUAAAAUCGGUGUGAAGCGGC